ACUUUUGAUUGGUAGAGCGCCUGUUACUGGAUAGGUUGGGCGGGGUAGAGAGCUCAUUUGUUAACCCGUACAGCUCGGACGAUUACUUGGUGUCUUCUAAUAAACUGUUUCGUGUAAGGUUCUUUACUGAGAUCGUCCCUGUUUAUACUCUGUGUGACAUGUGGAGUCACAUACGCAAAUCAAUUCUAGUUUUGGCUUGUGUGUGUAGGUAGCGGCGGUUUGCGCCAGCAGGGAAUGAGUUAAGCCCGGAGCCUACAGCGUGGCAGUGUUGGGUUUUGCACUUGCAGCAGUAUCAGCCCGCUGAGAGCAAUAUGGAUGAGGACAGUGCCGAAAGGGUAACUGAAGAGGUAACUGAAAAGAUUGCAGAUCUUGCAGUGAGUGGUGAUGGAGGAUCUUUACCUGGAGAAAACUUGGAGGCAGAGAUGAGUGAGGAAGCCAAGAAGGGGACCUCGGAUGCGGGAGUUUUAUUGGACAGUGAGGUGACAGAUUCAGCUGAAAGAGAAGUACGCUCUGAGCCAAUAGAAUGUUGUGAAGCUGUGAACUUGGAAGCAGAGCCUGAAGUAAGGCUGGAGGAAGAGAACAUAAGUUCAGAUUCAGGAUCUGCUACCAAAAGCAGCAAAUGGAGUGCUUGGGGUUCAUGGGGCAAAUCCCUCCUGUCUUCAGCAAGUGCAACAGUAGGACAUGGAAUAUCAGCAGUAAAAGAGAAAGCAGGAUCCUUAGGAAUGAGAAACUCAGUAUCAGAUGAGAGCGGUGUUGUAUCUCAUGCACCAGAGACUGAAGAACAAGGGACAUCUGAAAAAGAGGACAAUGCCACCGAAGAGCUUUCACCGUCAUCUGGUCCUCGUGGAGUACUUUCAGCCCUUACCAAUGUUGUGCAAAGCACAGGUAAAACCGUUCUGACUGGUGGCCUUGAUGCUUUGGAAUUUAUUGGUAAAAAGACAAUGAAUGUAUUGGCAGAAAGUGAUCCUGGGUUUAAACGAACAAAAAUACUAAUGGAGAGGACUGCUUCCUUAUCUCAGAUGUUACGAGAAGCUAAAGAGAAAGAACAGAAGAGGCUGGCAGAGCAAGUCACUGAUGAGAGGACAGCACACUUUGGUUUACUGUUCGAUGAGUACCAAGGUUUGUCUCAUCUGGAGGCUCUGGAAAUUCUCUCAAAUGAAAGUGAAGCCAAGGUUCAGUCCUAUUUAUCCACACUGGAAGAGAAAGAGCUAGAGUCAUUAAAAUCAGAUCUUAUAGUGAUUAAAGAGAUAUUUCUCCAGAAAGAGUUUGAAGAUGAUUCUGAGAAACAUGAGAAUGAAGAGACAGGAGAAUUUGCCACCAUGCUUACUGAGCUGCUUUUUGAAUUACAUGUUGCAGCUACCCCUGAUAAGCUCAAUAAGGCUAUGAAAAAAGCUCAUGACUGGUUGUCCUCACAAAGCUUUCAUUCAGAAGAGGAGCCACCACAUCCUAAAUCAGAGCGGGAGGAAGAAAAAGAGUCAAGUGAGGAGGCCAAAGAAGAAACAACAGUAGAAAACCAGAACAUUGAGGAAUUCUACAUGCGUUCUAUUGAAAGCCUUGCAGAAAUCACUGCCCGCUGCAUUGAGCAGCUCCAUAAAGUAGCAGAGUUAAUUCUACAUGGACAAGAAGUGGAAAAGCCAGAGAAAGAUCAAGCAGUUGUCUUAACUAAGCUUACCAUUGCUAUGUGUAAAGAAGUGUCCUCUUUAUCAAGGAAGUUUUCUGAUUCUCUGACUUCAGCUGCGAGCAAGACUAAGGCAGAAGUCCUGAAUCCACUGGUAAACAGUAUACAGCUUGAGGGGAGCAACAGCGCCACCUACAUUCAAGAUGCAUUCCGAUUGCUGCUUCCUGUACUCCAGUUCUCACAGAUUCAAGCCAGCUGCUCCAAAGCAUAGAAUCCUCUCUGAGCAUAAUCGCUCACAGUAUAGAAUGAGCUUGAGCCGGUGGAUAGGUGUUUAUGUUGGUUAUAAGCAAAUUUGCACAUUGAUAUAAAGGAACCAAUACUUUUGCUUAAUGACUUUUAUUAUCAUUUUCAUUAUGGUGCCAGUUCCCUUUAAUGAAAACGACAUGCACAGAAGAAAGAUGUAGUAGCAUGGUCAUCCUUUGAAAUAAACCAGCACAUGGGAACCAUUUUGCUCAAGCUGUUGCAAAACUACAACUUACAGAAUCCCAAUGGAUGCAUUACCUUGGGCGUUGUAUAUUUUCAUCAGCUGGAAAUCCAAAGUUUGAUUUUCACUGUUAUAAAGAAAUAUCUUUCUUCAAAACACUACAUAUAUUUUGUGCAAUUUGAAUAGAGUUAUUAUGGAAUUUAUCUAUAGUCCUUUCUGAUAUAUUAUUGUGAGUUCAGAUGGGAAAGUGUUUACAAAACUGUGCUAAUAAGAGAGAGUUUCUUUUCUUA